UUUUGGGUUUUAGCGAGAUACGGUCACACUGGCUGGCAGGCGAUGAAAAUUAUUUAUAUUUUUUCGCUCUUCUAACGCAAAAAUAAACAAAAUAAACAAAGUUAGAUGCAUUAAUGAUAAAAUCCGACACAGUGCGUCCCCACUGAUACCCGAUAGUGUGUGCUACGUAGGGCCGCGGCAUAACUCAAAUCCGCUACGCUACUCAUUAAAAGUUGAUGCUGCAGUAGCGCAGCAGCGGCCAUCAACAAAAAAGAAAACCAUCAAACUCAAUCGCGUGCAAAGUACAAAAAGUGUGUAUUGUUUAAUAAUAAUUGUCGCCAAACAUUAUCGUGGGCGUAAUAUUGGGAACUAUACCCCAAAGUGCUGCAAUUAAAGGCCAAACGCAGCGAAUUGCUGCCGCGGCGGUGGUGCAAAGAGAACAUAAAAUCGCUGGCAAGAAGAAGAGCAGUGCUGGUGGCGCUGUGUGAGAAAAUAAAACAAAAAAGACAACGCGCAUUGCAGCGUAGCGUCCACUUACAGUCCGCAUCCACGCCAAUUAAAUCGGAAGUAAAAUAAAUAUAAAGCCAGCACGUAAUUGCAAUAAACGACGAAAAAGAUCCAGUGCAUAUUUGUUUUUGUGUGUGCUGCAGCCGCCGCUGCAGGUGCUGCUGCUUGGCUUGGCGCUUUCGAGACAACACGACGCUGCCAACGCUGACGACAUGCGCGCGUAGAGUUGCCAGCACCAAAUUGCAAAGGUUGCCGUUGUGCCGUUGUUCCGUGCCCCGUGCCGUGCCUUUGCUUGGGAGUAGUUUUUGAAAAUUCAGUUGUUCUUGUGCAAAGAUGAUUCGGUCGAUAUGCUUUUGGCGGUCCCAGGCCGCACCAAGUGGAUAACAGGCGAGUGAGAGCAGCAGAUCACCGAUCACCGUGAAGCGAUUGUGCGCCACCCAGCCAAAUCACCACCGGACCACAGCAACAUAAGCAUCAGCAUAGCGCGCCGCAUCGACAGUGCAGUCCAUCCUCGAGCCGCAACUCUUCUCUUCUUCAACCCGCGUCGAGAUCUCCAGCGAGGGAUUGACGACGCCGCUUAGAUAGAAAUUUCUUCCCCCCGUAGUUAAAGAAAAAGCUGCCACCAUUCGGAAGAAAAAUACCUCUAAUAUGACCCAUAAUCUCGGUAUGGCGCCAUAUCGUUUGCCGGGUCCAGCAGGCGGUCUCUGUCCGCCUGACUUCAAACCGCCGCCUCCGUCGGAUAUCAUCUCGGCGCCGAGCAAUCCCAAGAAGCGGCGGAAAACCUCGAAUGCCGCCAACUCGGCUGCUGCGGCAGCGGCGGCGGCGGCAGCAGCUGCGGCCGCCGCUGCCAAUUCAAUGCAGCAACAAUCAGCACCGCCAACGCCACAGGAUCUGUUGCCGCCACCGCCGAUGGGCGGCUUCGGAGACACCAUUAUUGCCUCGAAUCCCUUUGACGACAGCCCCCAGGUGUCGGCCAUGUCGAGCUCGGCCGCCGCGGCGAUGGCGGCCAUGAACCAAAUGGGCGGAGGUCCUGGCGGACCAGGACACUUUGGCGGCGGCCACCCGCACCCGCACUGGGAGGACCGCAUGGGCAUGGGCGGUGGCCCGCCACAUAUGCACCCCCAUAUGCAUCCGCACCACCCCGGCGGACCGAUGGGACAUCCCCAUGGACCGCCCCACCACAUGGGCGGCCCGCCGCCGAUGCGCGGCAUGAGUCCAAUGCAUCCGCAUGCGAUGGGACCCGGACCCGGAGUGGGACUGCCACCGCAUAUGAACCAUGGCCGACCUGGUCCUGGUGGCCCCGUGCCAAUGGGCAGUCCAAUGGGCGCUAUGGCCGGCAUGGGCGGAAUGAGUCCAAUGGGCAAUAUGGGAGGACCAAGCAUAUCACCACAUCACAUGGGCAUGGGAGGACUCUCGCCGAUGGGCGGUGGUCCGAAUGGACCCAACCAGAGGGCCAUGCAGGGCUCCCCGAUGGGAGGAGCUGGUGGUCCUGGCCAGAACUCGCCCAUGAAUUCGCUGCCCAUGGGCUCGCCGAUGGGCAAUCCGAUUGGUAGCCCGCUUGGACCACCAUCCGGAGGUCCAGGGCCACAGCAACAGCAGCAGCAGCAACAACAGCAGCAGCAGCAGCAACAACAACAACAACAACAGCAACCUCCGCAGCCACCCAUGAACAACGGACAGAUGGGUCCGCCCCCGUUGCACAGUCCGCUGGGCAAUGGACCCACGAAUCAUGGCAGUCAUAUGCCAGGUGGACCCGGUCCGGGUCCUGGUCCUGGGCCCGGUGGCCUCGUCGGACCUGGUGGCAUGUCUCCCGCAAAUAACAACAACAGCGGAGGCGUCGGCGGCGGAGGAGUUGGCGGUCCAGGCAACAACAUGCUCGGCAACAACAGCAACAAUGCAAGCAACAACAAUCAAAAUCCUCAUCUGUCGCCGGCCGGUGGCCGUCUCGGAGUGCCCACGUCACUGCAAUCGAAUGGCCCCUCAUUGUCGGCCGCCUCCUCGGCAUCGGCAACGGGGUCGACGCCCACGCUUACAUCGACAGCGACGACCGCCAGUUCGAUGUCCACGUCAGUGCCUACAUCCUCGCCAGCGCCGCCCGCCAUGUCACCGCAUCACUCGCUGAACAGUGCCGGCCCCAGUCCGGGCAUGCCCAACUCUGGUCCCAGCCCGCUCCAAUCGCCCGCCGGUCCGAAUGGUCCACAAAAUAACAAUAACAAUAACAAUGGACCCAUGAUGGGCCAGCAAAUGAACCCGAAUGUUCCUAUGCAACAGCAGCAGCAGCAGCAACAGCAGCAGCAGCAACAACAACAACAACAACAGCAGCAGCACAUGGGAGGUCCUCCUGGACAUGGACAUGGACCCGGACACGGUCAUGGGCAUGGGCAUGGACACGGCCAUGGUCACGGUCACGGCCAUGGCCAUGGACACGUCCCUGGCAUGGGCAUGAAUCAGAUGUUGCCGCCUCAACAACCAUCGCAUCUUGGUCCACCGCACCCGCAGCUAAUGAAUCACCCGCACCAUCACCCGGGUGGACCGCCGCCGCCCCAUAUGAUGGGUCCCGGCGGACCGAGCGGCGGCAUGCAUGGUGGUCCCGGUGGCAUGCCACCGCACAUGGGUGUCGGCGGCGGCCCCAAUCCCCAUAUGAUGGGCGGACCGCAUGGGAAUGCGGGUCCGCACAUGGGACACGGCCACAUGGGUGGUGUGCCAGGACCGGGCCCAGGACAAGGCGGCAUGAACGGACCCCCGCACCCGCACAUGUCGCCCCACCAUGCACACGCACAUCCCCACCAUCAUCACAGUCCCAUGGGUGGCCCUGGCCCCAAUAUGUUUGGCGGCGGAGGACCUAUGGGUCCUGGCGGCCCAAUGGGUAACAUGGGCCACAUGGGUGGCGGCGGUCCAAUGGGGGGACCGAUGGGAGUGGGUCCCAAACCGAUGACAAUGAGCGGCGGCAAGAUGUAUCCACCCGGCCAGCCGAUGGUCUUCAAUCCCCAGAAUCCCAAUGCGCCGCCCAUAUAUCCGUGUGGCAUGUGCCACAAGGAGGUGAACGACAACGAUGAGGCCGUGUUCUGUGAAUCCGGAUGCAACUUCUUCUUUCACAGAACCUGCGUGGGCCUGACAGAGGCGGCCUUCCAAAUGCUCAACAAGGAGGUGUUUGCAGAGUGGUGCUGCGACAAGUGUGUGUCUUCCAAGCAUAUUCCCAUGGUCAAGUUCAAAUGUUGAAGAGCGCGGAACGGAGGAAUGCAAGAAUGAAGGAAGGCAGCAGAGGAACCUAUCAAUCAACGACCACCAGCUAGCACUCACUCACUGUAUAAAAUAUCCAAGCAUACUCUACUAUCUUAAUUGUACAAUUUAAGCUGCUCAAAAGUCAAGUCAUGUACCAUCCCCCCACGAUUACCCACGGGAUAUCUAGGCCGAGAGACGAUGGCAGGCCCGAACUAAAAGUGCCGGAGCAGUGUUGUGACUUUCAGCUCCGGGCUCUCAGGAUCCCCCCACACCUCACCGCCCCCCUCCCCCACCACUCGGCUCAAAAUACAAAUCCUCUUAAAGCGCAAGCAAGCAAGCAAGCGAAAAAAACCUUAACGAAAUCUGUAAACGAAAUAUGUUUAAUUGUAAUAUAAAUGUAAUAUGUACUAUAUAUGUAUGUAUGUUCGUUCAGCAAGGAGAAGAGCAAUCAAACCCAGACCAGACGGAGCCAGCAGUGUGCAGUGUGUGCCCCGUGCCCCUUGACAGGGCAACAAUAACCCAAGCUGAUCAACAAUCUAGUUUGUAUUAUAAAUCAAAAUUUGAUAACCUAAGCGCUAAAUGUACGAUACAAAUGAGAGGCAAAACUUGAGGAAAACACACACACACACCAGCCGUCAGAGCGUCUCUUGCCUUUGGUCGUUUGUCGGUGGGGAGGGGGAGAAUUUAAAACACACACACACACAUAGACAAAUACACAAACACACACACACACAUAAUUAUAUAUAACUACAUGCAUAUAUCUAAUGACAUAUUUAAAUAAACAACAAAAAAUGGAACGACACAUUUGACGACGGAAUGGAUAUAUAGUAUAAAGAAAUUGUAACGAAAUGAAAUUAUCAUUGUGAAAUUUGCUGCAAAGGUGCGUGCAUGAGUGUGCGAUUAUGGGAGCGUGUGUUAUUUGUUAAUAUACAUUUUAUUUUAUUUUUUAUACCUGCGUGUGAAUCUUACAUUUUAAAUAAUUGAUUGAUUGAUUGAACGAGGUACAUUUUACACAAUUAAAUAUAGCAAAAAGAGUCGCGUAAAUCGAUUGCGAACAAAAACGAAAAGCACAAGAAAUUAUAAAUUCAUGCGACAGAGAUAUAAACAAAAUUUGUACUUUAAGACGAAUGUUAAAAACGCAGCAAACAAAAAAAAAAGAGAACAGAAGAACAGACGAUUCAAGAAGGCAAAAAAAAAUUUGUAAAAAUAGGAAAAACAAAACAAGUACUCUAGGAUAUUGCAACUUUAAGUUAUUUAUAAUUAAAUAAAACUACAAUAUAAACACAAAAAUAAAGUAAGAAUGAGUUUUUCA